ACCACCACCAGCCCUGUAUAUUGAUCCUCGUGUGAGUUUGAGAAACAGAAACGGUUUUCUCCCUUAUCAGAAGCCCAGGAACUGCUUGAACGCUUAAGCUAAGUGGUCACAGGCGUGCGGUAUGAUCACCGUGACUUUACUCGAAGUAUGCCUAAAUUCUAAUCUGCUUAAUUAGAAGUGGGCGUUUCAGCCGAGUAGUUAUGACCCCAGACAGUAACUACAAUUUUCACGGGAGCGUCAGUAUAGAAAGAACAAGAAAGUGAAAUUAAUCUAAAAUGGCAAGUGGAACAGUGCAACUUAUCCAUCAUAGGCUGAUCCCAGCACGAACCAAGCAAUGGCACCUUUACAGCUUCUAUUUUGACAGUUUGCUGAGACUGCGAGCCGAAGUGCCCAACAAGAAAAACGUCUCCUUCGGUGUAGCAUUGCCGCUAUUUCAGUAUGCCGAAUUUGAGAUCGUAGUGUUCUGCGCCCAAAGAUUUCCUACAGUCGCUGACCAUGAGAACCUACAUUCUGAGGCUCCAUACACGGUACUAGACGAUGAAUUGUCCGUAGAGUGUGACAAACAUGACUGUUUCGGGUUGGAGAGUUUCUACAAACGGGUGGCGGAGAAUAGAGUUGCUCCGGUCAUUUGCCUUGUUACGGACGUGCCAGACCAAGAGGAACAAGCCGUCCUACAGCGAGCUUUCCAUCGGCUGAACAGAGAACAGCAAGAGAGAUUGGUGUUUGCGAUAAUCGACGAAGAUAACAAGGAAGAUGUGGCUAGAAUCAUGAGUCGCUUAUGCAAGCCCUCACGACACCACAGGUUCUACACUCUUGGAAGAGGUCUUCUGAAACAAGAACUAACGCUGACUUUUCUAGAGAGAAUUAACCAUCACCUGACCUUACUUCUACGCGAAAUAACCGCAACGCUCAAUGCCUCGGAGCGCGAGUUAGUUGAUAUAAAAAACAGCAGGGAAAGCAUAAAAAGUGCAACCGAUGAAAUGAUGGUAAAAUUGGAGCAAGACAAAGGACGUUUGGUGCACGAAGCGCAUGAAUGGCUAUCAAAUGUCUCCGCACGCCAGUUUCUGACCUACGCUCGCGAAUGUCGCCUGAAACGUGGGAAAGACUUCGUGGGACAAGACCCCAAUGUGGUUUUCUACAUGGGCAUUCAAGAUUUUCGAACACAGAUCGUUGAUUACAUCUUUGAAAGAGUGGCAUCUGCUGUGACAGAAGAGAUCUUUCUUGCAUGGAAGCAGACGAAUUUGAACACAGAGAAGCUGAAGGCGCGCGUCGACCCUGCUUUCAAAGAAAUUAUAAAAUUCUUCGCUGGAACCCCAGACACUCUACCAAGCGCAUAUGAUACACUUCUUUUCACAAACUUAAUGGAUGAAAUCCAUAAGACCCUUGUAGAUGUGAAAGAGGGGGUUCUUGAGACAUUUGAAUCCAUGAAAUAUCUUUUCUUUGGAUGUCCUGUUAACACCGACCAGUUUCGGGAACCGCUCGCGGUGCGUGCCAAAGAAAAGGUGGACAUAACCGCAGAAUCAAUUGCAGUUAGCCUGGGCGACAUCUUUGCCGAUAAGCUGAAUAUUCAUGUAGCAAAGACCUUAGAAAAUUUCCAAAAGCGGGAAGAGGCUCUUUGCUGCCGAGAAGACGUGUAUCGCAUUCAAAGAGAAGCACAGGAAAUCCAGUAUAAGCUCUGUGAAGUAAUAAAGCAGCGCAGUCCAGGCUUAAGGCCGGGGUCAUAUCAGAGUCAGGUCCCAGAUGUCGUGUCUAGUGGUGUAAAGACGUUUAACUCUGUCCCGCCUACAGCCCCACCCUCGGUUCGAGAAGUGGAGAUGUUUAGUGGAGGCUUGAAAGUUUAUGUUGAAGACGAAGACAAAGACUACCCUGACUAUGGUGAAGCUCCGGACUACGGCCAGCGACAGAUGCAAAGCCAAAGUGGGCACCGGUCUCUGAGUGGGACCGGCACGCACUACGGUCAAAACCAUGUGCGCGGAAAAGAUGGCACGCUUAUUGAUCCCAAAGCAGGCGAGGACUACGAUCAGUACGAUGCACAGCAAAUGCGUUCAGCUGGGAACGGGUUGGGAAGAGCUACAGGUACUGUGCAAGACAUCAGUCAGCAACAGGUAUCGCACCAAGGUAGCUAUGGGCUUUAUAGGGGCAACGAUACCGGGCUUGACUUCGGCCAGCAACAGCUGCGCGACCGAGGUGGACUGGACUCCCGUUGGGACAUCGAUGACGGUCCAGACAUAAGCCGACAACCUGUGCGUCAUAUUGGGCGCGGACCAUCUUCCAAAGGCUCUGGUAUCAGUCCCGAUUUCGGCCAUCAACCGAUGCGCAGCCAAGGAGUUUCAAGGACUCCGGACAGCGGUUCGAACAUCAGCCAGAAACAGAUUCGACAAGGGUCGCGGGGAUCGUCUCCCAGAAACACUCAGACCGAACCGGAUUUGGACCCGCAACAGUUCCGCCACGGAGGACGUGGACCGUCUCCAAGAAGCACGGGCACCAAUGAGGAUUUCAGUCAACAACAGUUACGUCAGGGCGGGCGGGGACCUUCUCCCAGGGGCAUUGAGCCUGAAGCAAAUGUUGGCCAGCAUCACAGUCGUCAGAGUGGGCGUGGGCCUUCUCCAAGAGGGCAUGAGACACUGCCAAAUCAACACAAGAGGAAUGGGUCCAGUGGGAACAGCUACUUUUCUUCUGAUAAACAGCCAGAGUAUGGGCUUUUAGAUAAUUACUGACAAUAAAACUAGAAAGUUAAAAGACAUUUUAGCUUUAUGUUACAGACGCCGUUUCAUCAAGAAACGUGAUCAUCGCCAUUUAUCGUCAGAAGUCCAACAGAAAUAGCCCUACAGUACGGCAUUUCUUUUUAUAACCGAACUGAGUAUAAGGCCUAUAUAAUAAUUUAGUGUAAUAUAGAAGUCCACUAGAUGUAUGUUUGAGAUCUUUGCUUGUCGUUCUUGAUUAGUAGUUGCAUUUGGUCCAAGAUAAGUGUUUUAACAUUAUUAAAAUAAUGUACUUAUGUGUUUAAAGUAAUCAAUCAUUUCCAAUCAUAAGUGUGAACUUUUGCACCCAUGAGGUUUCAAUUUCAAAAAAUAAAUGUUGACAUGAAAACCUAUUUAUGACAAAUAAUUUACAAGUCCGUUUAGUCUAUCCAACUCCGCGAUCGCUCCACCUUAUCUAUAAAGAAACUUCUUAUUCUAUGAUAAUUUUCAGACUUGUAUUUUGAAAACGUUUUCUUUGUGAAAAUAAAUGACAUUACUCAAACAAAAGAAAAUGAAAACUACGUUUUAUUAUGAGAAAUGAAACGGCGGAAACUACAUAGGCCUAUAUAAAUCUCUGUGACAACGUAAGCUUUUAUGUUACGUUUCAGAUUCAAUGCUGAAUACUACAGCAUUGAACACGGCAACGUGGCAUUGUUAGAUGCCAAAUACGUCAAGCAAAAUUUCAGGGCCUAAUAUUUUUUUCAUGAACAUGGUUUCUUAUUAGCCUUCAAUAAUAAGUAACUCGCACUCUUAAAAUGUCUGACAAAGUUUCAGAAUGAUACUUUCUGACUUUCAAACGUUUAAACACAAUCCAAGUUUUGGUCUGUUCAAGCCUUCUGCACGAGAAAGUUUUUUUCAUUGGCAUUGAGUCUCAGGUCUCAGUCUGAGGUGAAGAUGCCAUCC